AGCAGAGCUGUUUUUGUGCAGCGAUGCCAUGUCAUACAGGUCACAGACUACAUCUCCUGCCUUCUGCUGCUGCUGUGUCAAGGAAGAGCUAUGUCACCGUUUCUACGAAUAAGUCUCUCCAAUUUCGAAGUUGGGCCAUACCUGCCACCUAAUGGGGAAGUCAUGCAGAGACCCUACUGUGCUGUUAUAGUCAAAGAAGCUGUUGAGACAGAAACAGGGAAGAUUUAUGCACAGCAGAAGCCAACUAUGUACCCACCUUGGGAGAGCACAUUUGAUGCUCACAUUACCAAAGGGAGAGUUAUGCAUAUAAUUGUGGAAGGAAGGACUACAGGGAUGGUAUCAGAAACCACAAUUGAACUAUUUGCUCUGGCUGAACGAUGCAAGAAAAAUAAUGGCAAGAUGGAGAUAUGGAUAGAACUUAAACCACAAGGUAGAAUGAUAAUGAAUGCAAAGUAUUUCCUGGAACAAUCAGAUCCAAAAGGACAUUAUGACUCAGACUCAGAAAGCCAAUUUGCUUUACAUCAGCGUCGUGGAGCCAUUAAACAGGCCAAGGUUCAUAACGUCAAGAGUCAUGAGUUUUUAGCUACUUUCUUCCCACAGCCAACGUUUUGCUCCGUUUGUCAUGAAUUUGUAUGGGGGCUAAACAAGCAAGGAUACCAAUGCAGACAGUGCAAUGCGGCUAUUCAUAAGAAAUGCAUUGACAAAGUCAUUGCAAAAUGCACAGGCUCUGCAGUCAACAGCAAAGAAACAGUGCUCCACAAAGAGAGAUUUAAGAUAGACAUGCCGCACAGAUUUAAAGUGUAUAGUUAUAAAAGUCCGACUUUCUGUGAACACUGCGGGACUCUUCUCUGGGGCUUGGCAAAGCAAGGAUUAAAGUGCGCAGAAUGUGGUAUGAAUGUUCAUCACAAGUGUGAAAAUAAAGUAGCCAACCUAUGUGGGGUUAAUCAGAAGUUGAUGGCAGAAGCACUGGCAAUGAUAGAGAGCACACAACAGGAUAGGAAACAGAGAGAAUCUGAACACAUCUACAGAGAAGGGCCCAUUGAAGUUGGUCACAGAAGCACAUUACAAGAACAAACUGUGAAGAAAGAGUCUCAAGGCAUUUCUUGGGAGUCACCAGUAGAAGAGACUAAAUGUGCAGAAACUACAGCCAGUCUGGCACUGAAGAUAGAAGAACCAUGCAGUCACAUGAAGCUGACAUUCGAUGACUUUGUCCUGCAUAAAAUGCUUGGCAAGGGAAGCUUUGGAAAGGUCUUCCUCACAGAACUAAAGGAGACCAACCAGUUCUUUGCAAUGAAAGUUCUGAAGAAAGAUGUAGUUCUCAUGGACGAUGACGUUGAAUGCACAAUGGUAGAGAAAAGAGUCCUUUCUCUCGCUUGGGAACACCCUUUCCUGACACACCUGUACUGUACAUUUCAAACAAAGGAGAACCUAUUUUUUGUCAUGGAAUAUCUCAACGGAGGCGAUCUAAUGUUUCAUAUUCAGAGCUGUCAUAAGUUUGAUCUUGGCUUAGCUACAUUCUAUGCAGCUGAAAUUGUGUGUGGUCUCCAGUUCCUUCAUUCCAAAGGAGUAGUAUACAGGGACUUGAAGUUAGAUAAUGUACUCUUGGACAUGGAAGGCCACAUAAAGAUAGCAGAUUUUGGAAUGUGUAAGGAAAAUAUGUUUGGAGAUGCAAAAACAAGUACAUUCUGUGGGACUCCUGACUACAUUGCUCCAGAGAUUUUACUGGGACAGAAAUACAGCUACUCAGUUGACUGGUGGUCAUUUGGGGUCCUUCUCUAUGAAAUGUUAAUUGGGCAAUCUCCAUUCCGUGGUAUGGACGAGGAACAGUUAUUUCAGUCUAUACGCAUGGAUGACCCAGUGUAUCCCCGUUUUCUUAGUAAAGAGGCUAAAGAUAUACUGGUCAUGCUCUUUGUCAGAGAACCAGAAAGAAGACUUGGAAUCAAAGGCAACAUUCGUCAGCACUGCUUCUUCCUAAAGAUAGACUGGGAGAGACUGGAAAAGAGGGAAAUAGAGCCUCCAUUUAAACCUAAAGUGAAAUCUGCAAAUGACUGCAGCAACUUUGACAAAGAAUUUUUGAUUGAGAGAGCCAGAAUUUCAAGUACAGACAGAACAUUGAUCAAUAGCAUGGACCAGAAUAUGUUCAACAACUUUUCAUAUGUGAAUCCAAAAAUGGAGGCAAUUGUCUGCUGAGAUGAUGUAAUUUCCAAAUGAUAAUACAUUUUAAAUGAAUUUGCAAGAAAGCAUUUCUGCCCCCAAAUAAAAACUGGAAAAAAAACUCAUAUUCUGCUAGGACGUCACAUAACAUUGUGAGCGUGCCUUCAGAAAUCCCAAUUUAUAUGAAAGGCUAAUAGAUGAGUGUUAGAUAGUAGAAAAGAAAUGGUAUUGGUUGUAUGCUGAUCAUCUGAAGACAAUCUAAAGUGUGUAGGGAGCCCCCGACUCAACCCAACAGAUGAUCGGGGAGAAGGAUCGGGUAUAUCAAUGUAUCGCUGAAGUUUCUGGCAUUCGCUUUUUCUUUUCUCCCAGUGAAAACACAUACACGUUCUACCAAGCCGAUCAGGUAAGUCUAUGGAGCAGUAGGGAGAGAUACAAUAGCUGUGGGUUGAAAUAGCAUUUGGCUGACAGCUAUAGGAAGGUGUAUGGGCAGCUGUAGCAGUGAAGGGAUGCAGAUGUGUAAAUAGUUAUCAAUAUGCUAUUUCCCUAUUCAUCUUUCUGUGAAUGUGUUUGUAAAUUAAUAGAAAAGAUGCAUGUACUUAACAUAGUUUUUUAUGUUAAUGUUUUAGUAAUUGUGAUAUUAUAUUAAAUGCAUUUAAUCCUUUGCACCAUAUACCUCAUGUUAUCUACAUAGGAAAUCCUAAUAUACAUGUAUGCAGUCGGAGACUGGACAGCAUUGAAAUGUAUUUCACCAUUGGUGCUGCUUGUGCAGCUUCACAAAGACCCUUUAGGCAGAGGCAGACUGGCCCUCGACCCUAAAGGUAAAUUUCCCAGUGGGCCGAGGGGGCUGCCUGAGCCCUCCUUAUUGCCGCUGGGUACAUAAUGAUUGUUUCAGUGGUAAUUAAUGCUGGGAGCAUCAGGUACUUAUUUAUCUGUCCGACGUCCGCAGGUGCCCAUCUGAAUUCAAUUGUACAGCUGUCCUCAGGACAAUGAUACGGCUGAAUUCUGUGGUAGGAUAUGGGAGCCCAUGGCUCUUUGUCCUGUUAUUUACCCUCAUUGGCCACCGGCAACUAUACGAGGCACAGGGACACAGGCGUCUCAGGCCGCAGGCUGAAAGAGGUCUGUGGCCUGCACUGGAGAGGAUGGCUUGGAAUGGGACUCAAGUAUUUUUUUCUUCUUUCCUUGGCUACUUAGGGGGCAUACCAUUGGGGCUACUAUAGGAGUCAUUACUAGGGGCAGUCCAGGCAGCAUGCUGAAGGCUUCGCUGUGGCCUGCAUUACACCUGCUAAGCCCCCUGCACCAUUUCUUAGAGACAACUGGAGGAGAACAGAGGACAGUGACAGCUACUUAUGGCCACCACAGAGGGACAGCUCCUGGGGAGGUAUUUGUGCAGCACUGUGGUUUUUAGUUCUGCUGAGGCAGUAUUUUGUGCUGCACUGUGGUAUUGCUGACCCCACUAUUGCUCCUCCCUGUAAUUUUGUUGGCCCUGCUUACUUAUCUUGCCCACCUUAUGUCAGUUUGGACCCAUGUACAACAUGGGGGCCACUUUUAGUUUUUUUCCAGGGCCACUUCAAGUAUCCUGUCCAUCCUUGCCUUUUAGGCAUGGGAUACUCAAACCACAUGGCAUCAAGGUUCUCUUCACUCAAAAUUACUGAUAGAUUGUGACCCAUCAGAUGAAGAUUUGACCAGAAAGUCAUGGUAAAGAAGCACAAUGAUGAUUAGUUAAAGGGGUUGUGUCACUUCAGCAAGAGGCAUUCAUCAUGUAGCGUUAAUAUAAACCACUUACUAAUGUAUUAUGAUUGUCCAUAUUGCCUCAUUUGCUGGCUAGAUAAAAAAAAAUCGAAUUAUACACUGCUCGUUUCCAUGGUUACAACCACCCUGCAAUCCAGCAGUGGUGGCCGUGCCUGCACACUAUAGGAAAGCGCUGGCUUCUCUGGUAGCUGGAACUGUGGGAUUGCACAUAGGCUAG